AUGGGUAAGGCGAAAAAGGGGAAGAAGAGUCAGACAGCCGACGAUGGUGACAGCGAUGUGGAAACUACCACCAUUGAAAACUCGAAACCUGUCCAAAAUAAAGGAAAGAAAAAAAUUAUAGAAUCUGAUGAAAGUGAGGAUGAGAAACCGAAAGCCAAACCUAAGCAGAAGAAGUCAGUUGAUUCAGAUGUAAAGGAAGUCUCAAAAAAUUUAAAAAAUGUAACAAUUUCAAAUAAGUCUCAAAAGAAAAAGGGAGAUAUAAGCAGUGAAGAUGAGUCUGAUGAAGCACCUAAAGAAAAACCUAAAAAAGGUAAAAAGAAGGAGGAAAAGAGUGCAUUUUCUCUUUUAGAAGUUGAAGAUUCAGGAGGAUCUGCACCGGAAGCGCCUCCAUCUUCUGACGAUGAAAAACCUGUCCAAAAACCACAGAAAAAAGCACCACAAGAAAAAAAGGAACCUGCUGGCAAAAAAGGAAAAAAAGCAAAGAGAAGGAAAGAUGAUAGUGAUGAAGAUUUAGAAAAAGUUCUUGCUGAACUAGAAAUGGAAUAUUCAGGUGUUAAAAAAGAAUCUGUUCCACCUCCUGAACAAGAACACGAAAAACCUACAGAAGUUGUUGAAGAGAAAACUAAAACAAAGAAAAAAGGCAAAAAAGAAGAGUCUCUUCCUGACCAAGUUGAAAUUGAAGAUGAAGAUAAAGGUAGUGACAACGAAAACGAUAUAACUAUUAAAACGGCCGCUCAGAAGAAAAAAGAAAAGAAGGAAAGAGAGAAGCAAAAAAAAUUAGAAGCUAAGAAGAAAGAGCAAGAAAAUAAAAAGGAUACAGGUGAACCUAAAACACCAGCAAAGCAGGCUGAGAAAAAGACUGAAAAAUCUGUUGAAGAAGAAAAAGAUGAAUCAAAGGCUCCAUCAGAAGAAAAAGAUAAAGAAGGUGAGGGUGAUACUCCUGCACCAGAAGGCAAAAAAAAGAAAAAAGGUGAAAAGGGUGACAAAGAUGAUAAAGGAAAGAAGGGUCCAACUAAAAAAACAUUAGCAGCAAUGCAAGAAGCUUUGAAAAAAGUUAAAGAAGAGGAGGAACGUCUCAAACGGGAGGAAGAAGAAAGGAUAAAGCAAGAAGAGGAGCGAGAACGUCAGAGAUUAGAAGCAAUUAGAUUAGAAAAGGAACGCAAAGAUAGAAAGAAACAAAAGGAAAAAGAGAGAAAAGAAAGACUUAAAGCUGAAGGUAAACUGUUAACUCCAAAACAAAAGGCGGAAAAAGCCAGGGCUCAAGCUAUGCUUGAGUCUUUAAAGGCUCAAGGUAUUGAAAUCGGAUCUGAGAAAAAACCACCGCGUCCUGGUACUAGGAUUAAGCCAACAAAAUUAAAAACGCAAAUGUCACAAGAAGCGCCGACAACUCCAGCUGAGGAAAAAAAGAUUGAAUUAGAAAUAACAGAUAAAAAGGAGAUUCUACAAAAAGAAGAAGAAAAGAAAGAAUCAGAUAAUGAAUCAGUGAAAGAUGCUUGGGAUGCUGAGUCAUCUGAUGAAGAGAUCGAACCACCUAAAGAUGUUAAAUCUGAACCUGCCCCACCUACUAAAGACUCGAAGAAAACUGAAGAAAAAUCCAAAGAGAAGGAAGAUGAUGAAGAAAGCUCUGAGGAAGAAGAUGAUAGUUCCGAAGAAGAAUCAAGUUCUGAAGAAGAUUCUGAUGAAGAACAAAUGACAGAUGCACAGAAGAAACGUGAACUAGUUUUGAAGAGAUUGGAGAAACGUCGUGAAGAUAACGAAAAGAACAAAACAAACAAUCCACUCCGAGCGGCGGUCGUCUGUGUCCUGGGACACGUAGAUACCGGCAAGACGAAGAUCUUGGAUAAAUUGAGACGAACCAAUGUUCAAGAUGGCGAGGCUGGAGGUAUCACACAGCAGAUUGGAGCUACCAAUGUACCUAUUGAAAAUAUUAAGGAGCAAACUAAACAUGUCAAAGGGGUGAAUGAAAUAGCAUUUAAGUUGCCAGGUUUGCUUAUUAUCGACACACCCGGCCACGAAUCUUUUAGUAAUUUGAGAAAUAGAGGUUCUUCUCUCUGCGAUAUUGCCAUUCUUGUAGUAGACAUUAUGCACGGGCUCGAACCCCAAACAAUAGAAUCAAUAAACUUGCUGAAACAAAAGAAAACACCAUUUUUAGUGGCGUUAAAUAAAAUAGAUCGCCUGUACGACUGGCAAAGUGCGCAAAGGAAAGAUGUGCGAGACAUAUUGAAGAUGCAACAACCUAAUACUCAAUUGGAAUUUGAAAAGAGGAGCAAUGAGGUCAUCAUCCAAUUCGCUGAACAAGGUCUCAACGCAGCUCUAUUCUACUCGAAUCCAGAUCCUCGCACCUAUGUGUCCCUGGUACCCACAUCAGCGGUGACGGGCGAGGGCAUGGGCAACCUACUGGCUAUGAUAGUUCAGGCCUGCGAAGGGCCUCUGCACAAGCGACUAGUAUUCUCUCAACAGUUGCUCGCUACUGUUCUCGAGGUAAAAGCCAUCCCUGGUCUGGGCACAACGAUCGACACGAUCCUCAUAAACGGCACGCUGCACGAGGGCGACACGAUGGUGCUGGCCGGCACCGACGGGCCCAUCGUCACUCAGAUCCGGUCUUUGCUCAUGCCGCAGCCAAUGAAGGAGCUUAGGGUUAAGAACGCUUAUAUUGAACAUAAAGAAGUGGUUGGAGCCCAAGGAGUGAAGAUUGCGGCCAAGGAGUUGGAGAAGGCAAUCGCUGGACUUAACCUGCUAGUGGCUCAAAAACCAGAUGAAGUGGAUGUCCUUAAAGAGGAAGUAGCAAGGGAGCUAAAGUCGGCCCUGUCGUCCAUAAAGUUGUCGGAGCGUGGCGUGUACGUGCAGGCCUCUACGUUAGGGUCACUCGAAGCUUUGCUGGAGUUCCUCAGGACUAGUAAGAUUCCAUAUUCCGCCAUCAGAAUAGGGCCUGUGGUAAAGCGUGACGUCAUGAAAGCGUCUGCCAUGUUGGAGCACGACUCGCAGUACGCCACCAUUUUGGCUUUCGAUGUCAAGAUCGAACGCGACGCCCAAGAAAUGGCGGACAACCUCGGCGUGAAGAUAUUCGCCGCGGACAUCAUCUACCACCUGUUCGACAAGUUCACCGCCUACCGCGAGGAGCUCAAGCAGCGCAAGCGCGAGGAGUUCAAGCACAUCGCCGUGUUCCCUUGCAAGCUGAAGGUGUUACCGCAAUUUGUGUUCAACUCGCGAGAUCCCAUAGUGGCGGGUGUGAUGGUGGAAGCCGGCGUCUUGAAGGAAGGAACUCCUAUUUGCGUGCCCAGUCAAGAGUUCGUAGAACUUGGUAUAGUGACAUCGAUAGAAGUGAACCACAAGCAAGUGGAAACUGCUCGCAAGGGGCAGGAGGUGUGCAUCAAGAUAGAGCCCAUCCCCGGGGAGUCCCCCAAGAUGUUUGGCAGACAUUUUGACGAGACUGAUAUGCUAGUCAGCAAGAUUUCACGCGCAAGUAUCGACGCUUGCAAGGACUACUUCAGGGAUGACCUCAUUAAGACCGAUUGGCAACUGAUGGUGGAAUUGAAGAAACUCUUCCAAAUACUC